CUUCUUCGCUUACUCUCAUCGCCUUUGGACGUUCUCUCACUUCGCUGCAAACAAACAAACUGUCUAACUCAACUCAACUCAGCUCUCUCAUUAUUAUAAGAACAACCCUUUUUUUGAAAUUAGAAUUUUGUAGAAAGUGUUUGAAAUGGGUAGACCUCCUUGCUGCGAUAAGAUUGGUGUCAAGAAAGGACCUUGGACUCCUGAAGAAGAUAUCAUCUUGGUCUCUUAUAUUCAAGAACAUGGACCUGGGAAUUGGAGAUCGGUUCCUACUAAUACAGGUUUGCUUAGAUGCAGUAAGAGCUGCAGACUUAGAUGGACAAAUUAUCUCCGGCCGGGGAUUAAACGCGGUAACUUCACCGAUCAUGAAGAGAAGAUGAUUAUCCACCUCCAAGCUCUUUUAGGCAACAGAUGGGCAGCCAUAGCUUCUUACCUUCCUCAGAGAACAGACAACGAUAUAAAAAAUUAUUGGAAUACCCAUUUGAAGAAGAAGCUGAAAAAGCUUCAAACAGGAGUCGAUGGCCAAAAUCAAGACGUGUUGUCUGCUUCACAACAAGUCUCCAAGGGUCAGUGGGAGAGAAGGCUCCAAACAGACAUUCACAUGGCGAAACAAGCCCUUUGUGAGGCUUUAUCUCUUGACAAAACAAGCUCUUUACCGGCUGACUCAAAGCCUUCAACAAAUCUCUAUCAUCCUUACACAACUUCAUACCAGGGUUCUACCUAUGCAUCGAGCGCUGAAAACAUAUCCAGAUUGCUUGAAAAAUGGAUGAAAAAUCCAUCAAAAACACCUCAAACAAACUCAGAAACCACUCAGGAUUCGUUCAACAACGCCGUUGCAACAACAGGUUCCAAUUCUAGUGAAGGGGCGGCAAGUGCUACCACACCUGAGGGUUUUGACUCGCUGUUUAGCUUUAACUCUUCCAACUCAGACGCAUCUCAAUCGAUGUCGGUGGACGAGACGACGACAACGACAACGACGGCCAAUUUGACACCCGACACUAGUCUCUUUCAAGAUGAAAGCAAGCCGAAUUUGGAGACUCAUCAAGUCCCUCUAACAUUGCUGGAGAAAUGGCUCUUUGAUGAUGGUGGCGCUCAGGGUCAUGAAGACCUUAUUAACAUGUCAUUAGAGGAUAGUGCCACCUUGUUUUAGAAAGGGAGCUCCAAGCAUAAACGUUUUCUCUCUUCGUUUUUGUGGGUUUUGGGCGUUGAGCUAGAAGAAAUCGAAGGUGUUAAUUUCUAGCUUAGCCUAAACAGAAACUUAAUUCUCUCUUCUCCUUCGAGGAAGAACAAAAAGUGUAAAUUAUAUUAAAAGUUUUAUCUAAAUUAAUAUGCCAUAAUAUGUAUUAGUUCAUAAAAUAAAUCUCUUCUUGGUUCGUUCCUCGUUCUUAGAACUUGUAAUCUUUGUACUUUGUGCAACUUUGGUAAAGGGAGUAACUCCGGGGCCUCUUCCUUGCCUAAGCAGUGAGUAGUGGUUAUCAAACUCCUCUUAGUUGAAGAAAGUACAAUGUACAAUUAUACAUACUAUCUUUUACUAUCAAUUAAUGUGCUAUGUACUGCUUGAUAUAUACAAUAAAUUUCUAUUUGGAUCC